GCCUGGGUUUUCUCCUACGGAUCAUAAACAAGCAGGCAGGCUGAGCAGAGCAGAGCAGAGAAGAGAAGAGGAAGACAGGUAAGAUCGGACUCCUUCUCUGCAGUGGGCUACUGUGCUGGCUCUGAAUCAGCGCACAGAGAGAAAGAAAGUCACCGACGGACACUGACGCUCUUCUGUCGCGCGUGGUGCGCCUGUGAAGGAUUCCCACGCGCCAGAACUCACGGUCCACCUCGACACUGGGGAAGUUUACGGAGCGGAUUCCGAGGAACCAACAGCCAACAUGUCGGGACACCGGGUGCAGUUCGCGGACCUUCCUCCUAGUGAGCACAAAGGAAGCCCCAAAUUUGCCAAACAAAGCAAAAGCAACCUGAAGGUGACCUCCCCAGAGGACACUGAGCAUGUAAGCCGCAGGCAGGCGUCUCCAAAUGGGACAGCUUCUACAAGAGGGGAUGCCAAAGGCAACCGCACUGUCCCUCGAAGGCACACAUUAGGUGGGGCCCGCAGCUCCAAAGAGAUACUGGCCAUGCAGCCAUCAGAUAUGGACAAGAAGAGGGAGGCCUUCCUGGAGCACCUGAAGCAGAAAUACCCCCAUCAUGCCUCAGCAAUCAUGGGCCAUCAGGAGAGGCUGAGAGAGCAGUCUUUACAGGCCAUGAUUGCUUCUCUUCACUCUGAGCUUGACAUUCAGAGGUAUUUGAUGAAAAUCCAAUCACCCUACCAAAGCAGAAGUCCAAAACACGGCCCCAGCCCACAGCCCGGCGUUGGGGAUCAGGUCGACCACCUAUCCUUGGCCUCACUAGAGUCGCUGGACGCCAUGUCUGAAACGGACGCACCCACAGCCUUCACCCGCGGCAGCCGAGUCCGUGCCAGCCUGCCAGUGGUGCGAUCGACCAAUCAGACAAAGGACCGCUCAUUAGGUGUACUCUACCUGCAGUACGGCGAUGAGACCAAACAGAUACGCAUGCCGAAUGAGAUCACCAGCAUCGAUACAAUCAGAGCUCUGUUCGUCAGUGCCUUCCCGCAGCAGCUCAACAUGAAGAUGUUGGAGUCACCCAGUGUUGCCGUCUACGUCAAAGACGACAUGAGGAACAUGUACUACGAACUCACUGAUGUCAGGAACAUCACAGAUCACUCUUGCCUCAAGGUGUACCACAAGGAUCCAGCUCAGGCUUUCAGUCAUGGACCUCGGCCUGCCAACGGCGAUGCCAGGAUGCACAGCGAGAUGGCACAUGUCACUCGUGAUGGUCAGCACCCUCUAAGACAUCCACCUAUGGGUCCUCCAUCACACCAUCCCCUGCAGGGAGCACUCCCACCUACUCCCCACUCCAUGCCACCAUCCCCCUCCCGAAUCCCAUUUGGCCCACGUCAGAACUCUGUCCCUGGAAACGCCACUAUCCCAAGGGACCGGAUGUCUAAUGUCAAUCCUUCAACCCGGUCCGUCUCUCCUUGUCCCAGCGCUAUACUGGAGAGACGGGAUGUGAAGCCAGAUCAAGACUUGGGUGGGAAAAGCCACACUCUAACCAGAGGGAAUGAGGGGUUGUAUGCAGAUCCAUAUCUGCUCCAAGAGGGACGAAUCACCAUGACUGCAGGUCCUGGGCAGCACAGCAGCCCUGGACUUGAUGGUCCAGAACAUGGCAUGGGGGGAUUUCACCGUGCCUCCAUCCGCUCUACAAGCUCUUUUGGUGGGCCCAGUCCAACAGACUCUGUGGAUCACUCUCCUUUGUAUAGGCAGAAGUCUCGAAACAGUCAGUUGCCUACUUUGGGUUCCAAGACUCCUCCUCCGUCCCCUCACAGGAUGACUGAGGUACGGAUGAUUGAUGUCCACGGCAUGCCCCCUCAUGGUGUACCACCUCAUGGUGUUCCACCUCAUGCUGUCCCGCCUCAUGGUGUUUCCCUGGAGAGAGGCUCACCAGUGCGCCAGUCCUUCAGGAAGGAAGAAGUUGCAGGGGCCAAGCCCAGGAACAGCAUGGGAUCUCCUGUGGUCCCAGACCCUCAGGGUCACCCUCAAGGACCCACUCCAGCUCCAAAUGACCAGGAGACACGAGAGCGAAUGAAGGUUAUGGAGCAACAGAUUACCAGCUUGACUGGUCUUGUUCAUCAUGUACUUUUAAAGGCUCCAAACUCUAGUGGCAACAAGGAGUCUCAAAGCGAGAGAACACCAAAUACUUCAUCUCCAGCUCACAGCGCACCUAGUUCAGCAGGUGGAUCUACUACCUUGGCUCCUAAAACCAAUUCAGCCCCACCAGACAAGAACUUAUCUCCACUCAAAGUGAAUCUCAUGCAGUUCAGAAAGAAUGUUUCUGACCUCAGGAUACAACUUCAUCAGAUGAGACAGCUGCAGGUCCAGAACCAGGAGGUUUUACGGGUGCAGCUGAAGCGGGCAGAGCAGGAAAUUGGUAUUAAACUCACAGAGGCCAUGCGGCGGGCGGAAGACCCUGUCCAGAGGCAGAGAGCUCUGGUAGAGGAGGACAGGCAUAAGUACUUGGGUCUGGAGGAGCGUGUUCUUGUACAGCUCAGUGAGCUGGAGCAAUAUGUAGCAUCGCUGCAACCGGAUUCAGCAACAACAACCAGGGUGGUGACCUUAAAGGAUGUAGAGGAGGGAGCAGUAACUCUGAGGAAGGUGGGAGAGUCUCUGGCUGGCCUUAAAGGAGAGUUCCCAGCCCUGCAAACCAGAAUGCGAGCUGUGCUCAGAGUGGAAGUGGAGGCUGUUAAAUUUCUGAAGGAAGAGCCUCACAAACUCGACAGCAUGCUAAAACGGGUCAAGAGCCUGACCGAUGCUCUCAGCAGCCUGAGAAGAUAUGCAACUGAGGGGUCUCAGAAAAGCGUAGAUAUUUCCACCAAUGCCUCAGUAGGUGUCAACCACACAACAGCUGCAGAAAUUGCUGUAGAAGCUCCAUCAACAUCAGUCCAGCUCACCUCCUCCUCAGCUCCACCAGAGGCACAGAGCUCCACCGUAAGAUCGGAGGUGAUGCCCUCCUCCCCAGUGGUCAUCCAUCAUGUCCAGAGUUCUCCAGUUCACAUGCAGCAGUCCCAGCAAUCUGCAGCCCUCAUAGCUCAGCCCAGUCCUCCCCUCACCCCAAGCCCUACUCAGAUUCCCAGUCCCAACCCGAGUAAGCCUCAAGACGGGGAAUCUCCUAAAGGGUCGGUCUCAGAUCCACCAAGUCCUGCCCGCCUCAAGAAGAUUCAUGGGAAUCUGGUGAAUAAUGGCAACAGCGCUCCUCAUCAGGAUCUUGUAAUAGAGGAGCUCCAGAACACCAAGGAGAAAAGCAAAAACAGAGUUAUGUCCAUUGAGGCAGCUGAGAAGGAAUGGGAAGAGAAAAGGCAGCAUAUGGGUCAUUAUGAUGGCAAAGAGUUUGAGAAGAUCCUUCAAGAGGCUCAGGCCAACAUGAUGAAGGGAAUUCCAAGCUUAGAGGUAGAGGGAAGCCAAAUACUGCCCUCUGCUGGCAUAGUAGAACAUAGAGACAUUCCCAGCCCUUUUGUGUCACCACCAGAGGAGUCUCUAGUAGACAAACCCUCCAAAAAGGGGUCUGAUAAACUACCGAAGCCUUUAUUGGAGAAAUCUAUCAAGCCAGCAUCUUCAAAAACUGCCAUUAAAUCAGCAGCCACUGACAAUUUGACCAGACAGGGGUCUGACAAAUCCAACAAGUCCCCACCACCGCCACCUCCAAGAAAAACCUUCUCCAGCUCAAACUCAGGCAUGACUACAACACGCUCUGGAGAGGUGGUCUAUACUCGGAAGGAAAGCAUCUCAGCACAGGAGGUUGAGGAAGAUGCUCCUCCUCCAUCCCCUCAGUUCAAGCCCACAAAGGCUGCUCCAGAGACCAAGCUGAAGCCCAUCACACCCUCUCCUGUCACUGCUUCUGUUAACCGAGAAGAGGAGGAUGAAGGGGACAAGAUCAUGGCGGAGCUUCAGGUUUUCCAGAAGUGCACAGUUAAGGAUCUAGGGAUAAAAAAUUUGGUUGAGCCCACCAAUCGAAUUGAACCCCAAAUCAAAGAACUAAGACCAGGGAAUUUGUUGCCCCACAAAGAGAAAAAGCAGAGCUCAGAACCAAGUCGAGAGGAUAAAGAUCCAGACACAGAUGAAAAUGGAAACACAACUACAAGACAAAGCCCUGGGGUCAUAUAUUAUGUGACUGGCCAGAUUCCUAAAGAUCAACCACCCCCAUCAGGACUGGAAGACACCCCAGAACACAGGGAGUCCUCACAGCCUCUAUCACAGGUGUCAAAUGUCAAUGCUAAUGACAAUUCUCCAAGCCCGCAACAGCAGAUGCUGCAGAUGCAGAUGCCUCCACAACCAAAAUCACCUCCACCUGUUACACCCCCACCGAUAUCACCUAAACCCACUGGACUCAAUGGAUUCAAACUGCCACAAAAGCAAGUUAAGCGUGCUGAAUCCUUGAAAACUAGCGCAGAAGUACAGAAGGAAAAGAAACUCAACAAAACAAACACUGAAAAGAAAACCAAACAGGCCUCGGAGCAUGUUUCCUCAUUUAAAAAUCCAAAGCCUCAGCAAAUAUUACCCACAACCAGCAAUCCUGUAAAAGAGGUGCCUAAAGUUCAGCGACUCGGAAAGACUGCAAGUAAGAAACGUGAUUUGACUCUAGCUAGUUUUGAUGAUGGUGAUGAUGGAACCAGUCUUAGCCCUGACUUACCUGGAGAGGAAGCUCCCCCGCCACCAGACAUUGCAUUUAUGAUCACUAACAAAAAGGUUCAGCCGCUUUCUUGUGGCGAGUACCAAGAACUGGUCAGCGCCAAGAAGGGUAGUGUCCAGACGGUCACAGUUGGCAGCGCAUCAAACAAAGCCAACACCACAGUCGAUCCCACUAUGCCACAAGACAAUGGCUUCAACAAGAAGCCUGUCAUCAUCAUUUUUGAUGAGCCAAUGGAUAUCCGCUCAGCUUACAAGCGACUGUCCACCAUAUUUGAAUGUGAAGAAGAACUGGAGAGAAUGCUUGCAGAAGAGCGCAUAGAUGAAGAAAGUGAGGAGUCCGACACUGAAAGAAGCACUGGGUUGCAAGUUAGAGCUGGCGGUGCAGAAAUUGUUGAUGGUGAAAAGAUCAUCUCCACACAUAGUACUGCGGAGCACACAGGGUCAUCAUCCUCAUCUUCAUCUUCAAUAUCUGAACUAAUGGACAGUGGAAUGAACACAGAUACAAAUGGAGAUGCCAAGCAAGAUGGAAAGAAGAAGUUUAAAUUUAAGUUCCCAAAGAAACAGCUAGCAGCACUGACACAAGCAAUUCGCACAGGCACCAAGUCUGGAAAGAAAACCUUACAAGUGGUGGUGUAUGAAGACGAGGAAGAAUCCGAUGGUACAGUUCGGCAGCAGAGGGAAGCAAAGAGAUUUGAGAUCACUCGCUCAAAAUCCUUCGCAGAGGGCACCAAGGGAUCAGUGUCUACCACACAAACAGACCAGAACUCAGACGCACUUUGCAGAACCAAUGAGAUUCGGAAGAAUGCCUACAAGACUCUGGACAGUCUUGAACAAACCAUCAAACAGCUGGAAACAACUAUUAAUGAAAUGGGACCAUGCUCCCCGGAGGAGCCAGUCAGCACCGAAGACACCAAGGCAAGAACUGGGAAAGAAUCUGAUGUGGUUGGGUUGAAGAGGUCUUCCUCUCUCCCUACCUCUAGAGCGCAUGGGCCUAAAGUAUCCAGUAAAAGUUUGCUGCAGAAGAAGACAAAACCUCAGCUCCUUCCUCGCCCUGUUGUCGCCACUUCUUCCUCCAGCACCUCCACCACAGUCCUCAGUGUACCCACCAGCAUACAACAGAUCCCCUUGCAGAACACCAGUGCCGCUUCCCCUACUAGUCGGAUGCCGGUCCCUUUGUCUGCGAAGUCCAGACAGUCGCCGGCUACAACUGACAAAGCUGGAAAACAGCAAAAACUGCAGGACGCUCAGAGGCAGUUUCGACAGGCUAAUGGAAGUGCUAAAAGAGUGGGAGGGGAUCAUAAAACUGCUCCCCCUACUAUACCCGUCUCUAAAAUCCCUGCUUUUUAUCCUAGCUCUGCUAAAGGCAGCUCCCAGUCUGCGCUAAACUCAGAUGCUACUAAUCCCAUUAACCCGCCUUCUUCCGCUCCUCCUUCUGCGACAAAGUCCUCUCACACCCCCCGUUCCAGUUCCCUACCUUCAUCCCAUAUCCCCUCACUGUCUAACGGAUCCCUCAAACUCCCUACACCUUCACAACACACAGGUAAAGCUCUCUCGUUCUCCUCACAGACUCAGAAUGGUCGAGUGCACUCCUCCUCCUCCUCCUCCUCCUCUUCAUUCUCCUCCUCCUCCUCCUUCUCCCCCUCCCCUCUGUCUCCCACACCGUUGGGGCCAGGUGGAAAGAGCAUCCGCACCAUACACACCCCCAGCUUCACCAGCUACAGAUCGCACAACGGCAGCAGCAGCAAAUCCUCCAUCCCAACAACUACAGCAGCUAAGGACACAACUUAGCCACAUUAUCGCCAAGCGUGCUUUACAGCACAGCAGGUAGAACUGAAUAUAUUCCAUGUAAUACUUUUUGUUGCUUUUUCUGUUAUUUGAACAUUUUUUUUAUCAUUUGAAAGUAUUAUUAAAGUAAUGCACUCACUCUUUAUAUUUUGA